CAAUGGCAGCGUGCGCCGUCCUCAGGGUCCCCACGCUGUUCCUGAUCCUCCUGCUCAUCCCAGAGCUCCACGCGGCAGGCACCCUUGCUUCUGCCUCCUCUGCCCGGAACCCGCCCGAAACCCACGCCCACCUCCCCGGCUCUGAGCUGUGGGUGCCUCAGGCAAGCCAUCAUGGCCGUCGGGGCCUGGGGAAGAAGGACAGGGGCCCAGGCAGGCCUAGCCGGGCCCAGGACGGGGCUGUGGCCACUGCCACCAGGCAGGCUUCCCAGAUGACACUCGGACAGCCCCCCGCUGGCCUUCUGCAGAACAAGGAGCUGCUUCUGGGGCUGGCAUUGCCCCACCCCGAGAAGGAGGAGGCCCGGUCUCCAGGUUGGGAGAGGGUGAAGAAACGUGGCAGAGAACACAAGAGGCGCCGGGACCGGCUGCGACUGCACCGAGGCCGAGCUGCCAUCCGUGGCCCCAGCUCCCUGAUGAAGAAGGCAGAACCCUCUGAAGACCGGGUGCUGGAAGGUACCAUGGAGGAGUCUUCCACCAGCCUGGCGCCCACCAUGUUCUUCCUAACCGCGGCAGACGGUGCCACGCUCACUACGGAAGAGUCCCGGAUCCUGCCCGUCACCUCCCUGCGGCCCCAGACACAGCGCACUGAUGGGGAGGUGAUGCCCACACUGGACAUGGCCUUAUUUGACUGGACGGAUUAUGAAGACUUGAAGCCAGAGGUCUGGCCUUCUGCAAAGAAGAAAGAGAAACACUGGAGCCAUUUUACCAGUGACGGUAAUGAGACAUCACCAGCUGAGGGGGACCCUUGUGACCACCACCAGGACUGCUUGCCAGGAACUUGCUGUGACCUCCGGGAACAUCUCUGUACACCCCACAACCGCGGCCUCAACAACAAAUGUUUUGACGACUGCAUGUGCCUGGAAGGGCUGCGUUGCUACGCCAAAUUCCACCGGAACCGCAGGGUCACUCGGAGGAAGGGGCGCUGCGUGGAACCCGAGACAGCCAACGGGGAUCAGGGAUCUUUCAUCAACGUCUAGCGCCCUAGUGGUGCCUCCUCACCGACCCGGGAUCUGACCAAGGGAGGUUUAGGGCAAACGGGACCGUGUUAGUAAAACUAGCUCAGCUUGGGGCUGAGUGUGGAACCAAUGGCUGAGGGUGCGGGUGCAGACCCAGAACACUCAACCACAGGCUGGACGGCGGCUCGGCAGAGAGCAGUGCGCCUGCGCCCCGCCCGCAGCCCGAAGCCCGCAGCCCGGGAGGCGGGACCCGGGCAGGACCCCACCGGCUCACUGAUCCUGCUCGACCCGGUGGCUUUGUGUAGCGCACCCUCUUCUGCUCCACGCCAGCAUUGCAGCCGUUUCCAUUUGAGAAAUCAAAGAGGCUUCCUUGACUUGGAAAGAGAGGGGACACCUGACAGUCGCUGAUCUGGAAUGCUAUGCCGCAGGCAAACGCCGAGCACCACGUAUAUUUUUACUGAAUUUCCACAGAAACGGUAGAAAGAGACCUCUGGCGCGCGCCUGAGGUGUGUGAUCCCUCGUGCAGGGUCCGACAUCAUCCAUGAUGCUUCAGUUUUGGCAGCAGCAGAGACAGCUUGUCUUGACCUUCCUCAGGCUUUCCCAAGAGAGCCUCGUGUCUUUUUUUUUGAUGGACCCAGUCUCUCUCUUUUGGGCAAGAUGGCAACUCAGACAAUCUUCCUGCCUUGGUCUUCCAAAUGCUGGAAUUAUAGGCAAGGCUCAGCAUCUCUGGCAGGUGUAUCUUUCUUACAAACAAAACAUGAGGGCUGGGAACGCGGCUAAGUUUGUAACACGCGUGCGUGGAAUGCGUGAAUCUUGCCUGGGCUGCUUCUGACACCUAGGAAGUACGAGGCCAGACUCCAGGAGACCAUAGCUAACAAGCUGUCUGCCUAACCUGCACGGGGCCCUGGGCCUGAUUCCAUUCUGCUUCCUCCUUCCCCUACUUCUUCCCCUCAACUCCUACAUAUGACACCUGUUUCCAAGUGAAGAAUGAUCCCCGCGGCUGGGUCCUAGCCUGUGACAGGUGCUGAUCACAGUCAUGAGUCGGGGAGACAGUGACUUUCCUCCUGUGCCCAACCAUAGCCCAGACCAUCCAAUCCUGGGACGCCGGGUCGCUCCCUCCUAAGCUGUCCUCCGUUUCUACUCCACUUGGAAAGUGGGGCCACCUCUGAGUUUGGGGUCCAGUGAGAAGCACCCCCACAGGCUAGAACUGUGAGGGCAAUUCCACCAGUACCGUCGCUACGCAACGUGUUCCAGUGCAUCUGACUUCAGGAGAGCCCUUCAGAUCCCUGUGCCUGGCAUCUCCCUCCUGGUCAACAUUUUUGCAAAGGACAAAAGCCUUCCCAGGACAAGCCCUCCCCGACCUGGACCACAUCCAUGGGAUGCCAGGGCUGUUUACUGCUUUGGGGUGACCAGUCUGGUCCAGGGGUCAGGCACCAAAGAAAGCAGGCCGAUCUAGAAGAAAUCCAAUAUGCUUAUUCUCCUGUCCAAGUCGGGUCUGAUAGGCCUGGGAAUGGGGGGCGGGGCCAGGAGCCGGAAGGAUCAAGGCAGCGAUGGGAAAGCGAGUCCUAAUACAGAUUUAUUUUCCUUUUUGUAGUACCAGGGCCUUGCACGGUCCAGGCAAGUGCUGAGCCUGGACCCCUGAGCUGCAUGCUAACUGGUCUGGGCUUCAAAGUCUCCAAAGCUCCCCAGGGAGGCGCCUUGGCAGCCAAGGCUAGACCAUUGGUCCCCUGUCUUCUCACCUGCUGCAGUAAACAACCUCUUCUCCCUCUCAUGCUUUGCUGACCUUGGAAAGUUACUUAGGGUCUUUGUGCCUUGACUCUUCAUCUUCGAGUUGUAAAUGCCUGGUUCUUACCAGGUGUACAGUGUCUGGCCCAUAACACACACACACAAACACACACACACAGAGUACCACCUAACAAACUUCAACAGGUCUUCUCUUCCACAGUGAUCCAUCACAUAGUCAGUGAUUUUUUUACUUU